AUGAAGUCCUUCAUUGCUGCUAUCGCUCUCCCAGCGCUCGUCGCUGCCCACGGCCACGUCGACAAAGUCAUCGCUGAUGGCACAGAGUACCAGGGCUGGAACGCCGCUCUCAAGUACCAGAACCCCAUCCCCGCCACUGUCGGAUGGCAGGCGGACAACCUCGACAAUGGCUUUGUGAGCCCCGAUAGCUUCGGCAAGGUCGAUGUCGUGUGCCACAAGCAGGGCAAGAGCAACGGCGCCUCGGUGCCCGUCAAGCCCGGAAGCAAAGUGACCUUCAAAUGGGACACCUGGCCCAUCAGCCACGUCGGCCCCGUGCAAGAAUACAUCGCGCCCGUGUCCGGUGACUUCAGCACCGCCAACCCAGCCACCCUCCAGUGGACCAAGAUCGCCUCGUCGGCGUGGAAAUCCGGCUCCAACCCGGGCACCUGGGCGACGGACGACCUGAUCAAGAACAACUUCAGCUGGGACCUUACGAUCCCCAACCUCGCACCCGGCAACUACGUGCUGCGCCACGAGAUCCUCGCGCUGCACGCCGCGGGUCAGCAGAACGGCGCACAGGCGUAUCCCCAGUGCAUCAACAUUGUGGUGUCUGGCAGUGGAACUGUCAAGCCGACUGGUGGUGUCGUUGGUACUAGCUUGUACACUGCUACCGACCCCGGUAUUUUGUUCAACGUUUUCAGGAGCUUUACUAGCUAUCCUGUUCCCGGACCGGCGGUGGCCAGUUUGAAGAAGAGGGAUGAGCGCGAGCAUGCGAGGGACUUUGCUUAG